UUAGGUGGGGAUAUAAAAUGAUCAGCGUUGGGAUUUGCGGGUUAAGGACGCUUAGAGCAGGGCUUUUAAUGUCAUGACGUCACAUUAAUUAGGGCCCACUUUGAUCCCUUCAGCCUCUAAGCCGCACACCGGUCCCGUCCUGCCCUGCCUGUCCGUGGACACACGGGACGCGUUAGUGACUCCCUUGGGGACCGUGGAGGAGGAUGCAUGUCCGCUCGCACUGACGCAUCUGAUCCAUCCGAACCCUGCAGGCCACAGCGCAGCUUCCUUCUGCACCUACACUUGGGUGAUGCUUUUCUAACGAAAUAAAAAGAAGAAGAGAGGAAUAUAAAACUUAACUCAAAAUGGCAGAUAAGGACAGCGUGGAGAAAUACCUGGAGAACAACCCGCAGUUCGCCAAAGAAUACUUCGACAAGAAGUUGCGCGCCGAGGCUCUCUCCGCCGCCUUCUCCACGCCCGUGGACGUCAAGGACACCGCUUCCUUCAAGGAUGUUAACUCCGUGCAAGAGGCCGCCAUCAUCUUCGACCUCAUCCAGGAAAUGCAGAAGCAGGUGGCCAUGGAGCAGUCCCUCCACAAGGUGCUGCAGAGGGUCGCCCUGAUCCUGCAGGCCGACCGGGUCAGCUACUACAUAAGCCGAUCGAGAAACGGAAUACCGGAGCUCUCCUCUUGCCUCUUCGACGUGACCCCGACGUCCAAAUACGAGGCGAACCUGGUCCACCCGCAGCAGGAAAUCGUGUUCCCCUUGGACAUGGGCAUCGUGGGUUUAACCGCGAACUCCAAGAAGCCGCAGAACGUCCCUGAUGUCACGCAGAACAAAAAGUUCAGUGACUUUGUGGACAAGCAGACCGGCUACAAGACCAAAUGCAUGCUCACCUACCCGCUGAUGGCUGACAAAGAGUGCCUCGGCGUCGUCAUGGUGCUGAACAAAAUCGGAGCUGACGCCUUCUCCAAGGAGGACGAGACGCUCUUCCACAAGUACAUGAACUUCGCCCAGUUCAUCGCCCUGCAGCAUUUCACAGCCUACAUGUUCAACGUGGAAUCCAGGAGGAGUCAGGUGCUGCUCUGGUCGGCCAGCAAAGUGUUUGAGGAGUUGACAGAUAUUGAGAGGCAGUUCCACAAAGCCCUCUACACUGUGAGAACCUACCUGCAAUGUGAACGGUACUCAGUGGGCCUUUUGGACAUGACCAAAGAGAAGGAAUUCUAUGAUGAAUGGCCGGUGAAACUGGGAGAUGUGGAACCCUACAAAGGGCCAAAAACACCAGACGGCAGGGAAGUCAUCUUUUACAAGAUCAUUGACUACCUCCUGGAGGGGAAAGAAGAAAUCAAAGUCAUACCUGGUCCACCUGCAGAUCACUGGGCCCUGGUCAGCGGGCUGCCGACCUACGUUGCAGAGAAUGGUUUCAUUUGCAACAUGAUGAACGUGGCUGCAGACGACUUCUUCACGUUCCAGAAAGAGGCCGUGGACGAGACGGGCUUCGUCAUCAAGAACUGCUUGUCGCUGCCGAUCGUCAACAAGAAGGAGGAGAUAGUGGGCAUCGCCACUUUCUUCAACAGGAAAGACGGGAAGCCGUUUGACGAGCACGACGAACAGAUCACAGAGGCCCUGACUCAGUUCCUGGGCUGGUCCGUGCUGAACUGUGACACCUACGACCGUCUGAACCGCAUGGAGUGGAGGAAAGACAUCGCCCAGGAGAUGCUCAUGUACCAGACCCAAUGCACCAAAGACGAGCUGCAGACCAUCCUGAACACCAAGGAGAAGUUUGACCAAGAACCAGAAGACUGUGACCAGAAAGAGAUGUACAAACUAUUGAGAUCAAACAUCCCGCCAGCUGACAACGUCAACGGGGAGAGCCUGUACCUGUUCUCCUUCAGCGACUUCCCCGUCACAGAGUUCGACCUCAUCAAAGCCGGCAUUCGCAUGUUCUUUGAGCUCGGGGUCGUGGAAAAGUUUAAAGUUCCCGCCGAGACUCUGACCAAGUGGAUGUACACCGUGAGGAAGGGUUACCGUAGCAUUACCUACCACAACUGGAGGCACGGUUUCAACGUGGGCCACACCAUGUUCUGCCUGCUGCAGACAGGGAAGCUGAGGAAGUACUACUCAGAUCUAGAUGCCUUCGCCAUGGUGGCUGCUGCUUUCUGCCACGACAUAGACCACAGAGGGACCAACAAUCUCUACCAGACAAAGAGUGCAUCUCCUCUGGCCAAACUUCACGGCUCCUCCAUCAUGGAGAGGCACCAUUUGGAGUACAGCAAGACGCUCAUGGGGGAGGAGAGCUUGAACAUCUUCUGCAACCUCCAGAAGCGUCAGUUUGAGACUGUGCAGCAUUUGUUUGAUGUCUGCAUCAUCGCCACUGAUCUGGCCCUUUACUUCAAAAAGAGAACCAUGUUCCAAAACAUCGUGAACGCGACAGAGCCGAUGACGGACGAGAAGGAGGCCACCGCUUACAUUUCCAACAACCCCGUCAGAAAGGAAAUCGUCAUGGCCAUGAUGAUGACAGGUUGCGACUUGUCAGCCAUCACCAAGCCCUGGGAGGUGCAGAGCAAGGUGGCUCUCAUGGUCGCCGCUGAAUUCUGGGAACAGGGUGAUUUGGAGAGAUCCGUUUUGGACCAACAGCCAAUUCCCAUGAUGGACAGAAACUGUGCUGAGCAGCUACCCAAGAUGCAGUGCGGCUUCAUCGACUUCGUGUGCGCAUUUGUGUACAAGGAGUUCUCCAGGUUCCACAAAGAGAUCACGCCCAUGUUCGACGGCCUGAACAACAACAGGGCACACUGGAACGAGCUGGCUGAGGUGUACAACGCCAAGAUGAAGGCCAUCGAGGAUGAGAAGAAGAGACUAGAAGAGGAGGAAGCCAAGAAAGCUGGUGGUGGCGGUGGUGGUGGUGGCGAAGCAGGGAAGUCAAAGACCUGCACCAUCUGUUAAGUCUCCUCCGGUGCUCGGAUCUGGACUGACGCGGCCUGUUUAGGACUAACCUAGUCAACACCGGCCUUGGAUCUUUUCCUUGGGCCUGGUCUCGUCCAUCUACUACUACCAGCGUAGUCCAGUCCAGCCCACGUCGGUCCGCUCCGGCUCAGCGUAGCCCACUAGUCUAGCGUAGCGAGGUCUGGUCUGGAUUAGACCCGGAACUAAGACUAAGAUUCUUCAAAGGAGGGAAGAGUCAGAAGCUUCACCAGGAAGUAAAGCUGAGAAGGCGUUCGACUCCGAAGACGUGUUUUCGAAAAACUUUCUUCUUCGUCUGCUUUGUGCAACAACGCGCAGGAAAUGGACGGUCAACGCACACUCCCCUUUAGCUUAGAGACAAACCACACGCUUCUGCCGUGGUUGGAUAUCCUAAAGUAGCCCGAGGUCAGUCGGUAAACACACAAUACAGUCAUACUAUAGGUUGCACAAUGCACUUGGCAGCGGCAGAACUGAAGAGAGGAGUGGAGGGCAGGCAGGGACAGUGACCACGUAACCUCAUACCUACAGAGGAGUGGGUCAAAGUUUUUCCUUUUUCCUUUAAAUGGUUAAAGGCACGUUGGUCACAUUUACCGGGACGUGAGUAACACCGAGAUGGAGAAGGGCUCUCGCCUCAGAAGUUACCAAUGACAGGUUGUGUUUCUUUUAAUAUGCAAUUUAUCUAUUUACACACACACAGACACGCAUAUAUAUAUAUAUAUAUAUAUUUUUUGAUUCUUUUGCGUAUUUUGUACUUGAAUUGUCUUCAUGAACGGAGAGUUUGAGGCCGUUGCAGACCUGUGGAUGCGGCGAAUGUGCGGCGAAAUGGUGAUUUAGACGUAGCUUUACUGACAUCUGACCAACACUUUUUAAGCUGUUUGAGAAAUGCAUGUACGCUGGGGUUUAGAUCGAAUUUCCAAUUUCCAAAAGAUAAGUUAUUCUCUUAAACGUUCUUGAUUUCACAUGUAUAUAGUUAUACGACAUAGAGACUGUGUAAAAGAUGUAAAUUGUGUAAACUUAAGAAUAAAACUGAAGCUUUGACUGAGGUUUUGGUUUUGGCCAGGAGUCACGGUCCGACCGGACACCGCUUCUACCUCUCCUGUAAGAGGGCUUGAUAGGAUUUGAUUGCCAGCCAGCGUUUGAGAUCCACACAGCUUUGGGCUUUAAAUACCCUUCUUACAGAGGUUAAAGGAGGCUGGCGAAGCCUCAUCAGAUGUUUAUGCACACGAGUGCGCAAAGAUGCAAGAGUAGCGUAACUGACUGUGCGAUGGUACAGGCCAAACUUCUCAGAGAUUUAUUUAUUUUGUUUCUUCGCCGAUUGCAACGGUUGAGGCAAGUCCGUCCAUGGAGGCCUACAUGUGGUCUGACAACCUGAGAUUACAGAGCAACCCUCCGUGCACUUUCUGAGACACUUUUAGCGAAAUCCCUCGAAGGGCAAAGCCGAGCUUCGUGUCCCUGCGCUUCCUGUUACACAAUCUAUAAUCAAUAGAGCAUCGAUUCAUGGCGCUUAAUCCUGUCAGCGUGGCUUUGGGGGACUACCUGGAAACUGUUUGAGUUAAAGCGAGGAGCCGUGAUGUAAUCAGUGGAGCCGAAACAGUGCAUAAACUUUGACUGAGUCGAGCCCCGACUGAGACGUUUGCUUCAGUAAAUAUUUACGGCACCAGCUCUGCUUCCAGCGAAUUUAAAAAGAAAGAAAGAAAGAAAGAAAGAAAAAGGCCCCUGGCUUUUUCAUUAGCUCCCUUGUGAGAAUUGAGUAAAUAAUUCACAAUUUACUUUCUACUUCAGCUGUCAUUCAGGCAUUAGAAUUUGAUGUAUGAAAUGACCUCUAUUGUAUGCGAGUAUAUGUGUCAUGAUAUGUAACAUGUGUAAGCAAAUAAAAGAACUUUAUUGCAGGUGCAAGAAAAAA